CCGGCGCUCCGCUCGGCCGCGGCGGGUGUGCCGCCAUGUCGGCGGGAGCGGGUUGCGGGCCCCGUGGAAUGGUACCGGUGUUGCCGGGGCUCUACGUGGGCGGCGCGGAGUCGUGCUCGUCCCCGGAGUCGCUGGCGGAGGCGGGGGUGGUGGCGGUGUUGACGGUGGACGCGGAGGAGCCGCCGGCGGUUCCGGGAGUGCGGACCAUGCACGUCCGGGCGCUGGACGAGCCCGGCGCCGACCUGCUGAGCCGCCUGGACGACUGCAUCGCCUUCAUCAGCACGGCGCGGGCGGGCGGCGGCGCCGCCCUCGUCCGCUGCCAGGCCGGCGUGAGCCGCAGCGUGGCCGUGGUCACCGCCUACCUCAUGAAGACGGAAGGACUCGGCUGGGAGGACGCCUACGCCGCCGUCAGGGCCGCCAAACCCGACGCCGAGGUGAACUCGGGUUUCCAGGGGCAACUGAAGCUCUACGAGGCCAUGGGCUGCGCCGUGGACAGCAGCAGCGCGCUCUACAAGCGUUACCGGCUGCAGAUGCUCACCGAGAGGUACCCCGAACUUCAGGACUUGCCCAGAGAAUUCUUUGCUGUUGAUCCAACCAGUACAUGUCAAACUCCAAACACAGAGGUUCUCUACAGGUGCAGGAAAUGCAGGCGAGCUCUGUUCCGUAGCUCCAGCAUCUUGUCCCACGUGGAAGGCAGCGGAGCCACAGCCUUUGCCCACAAGAGGAUGACGGGCUCUGCUCAGCUUUGCAGCGACGGCCGUGAGAAGUGCACCUCUUACUUCACCGAGCCUGUGCAGUGGAUGGAGCCAGCCUUGCUCGGAGUAAUGGAAGGCCAGCUUCUGUGUCCCAAGUGCACGUCAAAGCUGGGCUCCUUCAGCUGGCGGGGCGAGCAGUGUUCUUGUGGCCGCUGGGUGACACCAGCCUUCCAGAUCCACAAAAGUCGAGUGGAUGAAGUGAGGACAUUGCCACCUGUGAACUUCCCAGCUGCCAAAACCUGAACUCAUUGCUUCCCUCCCUGGAUUGCUUUAUGUCUGUGGCAAACUACUGGUAAAGGAGUGCUAACAUGUUACGUUCAGGCUGGGACCUUCAGCUCCUUCUGUCUUACCAUCCAGAAGUUCCCAUCCCUUUGUCAAAUGCACACCUGAGGACUUGGGAGGUGUAUCCCACAACACAAGGUACAUCGCAGGGAAAUAAGUUUAAGGCUUAGCAAGGUGCUAUAAAAUGCUACAAGUGUUGCAUUAUUGUGCGUGGCAGCCACUAGCAGCAAAAGCCAAGUUUACAGGUGUACAUGGGUUGUAAUAAAAGUAGUCCUCAAAAUAUCUACCCCAAGAAUAUUUACCUACAUUAUAACUUUUUCAUGUAAUGCCUAAGAAGGUGAUGCACGUUGUACUGGAAUGGGAGAACUGACAGCAUCCUUGCCCCAUUAGGUGCCUGCUUCAUCAUUUUAGGCAUUUCUUUAAACCUGUAAGAUUUUUAAGUAAGCUGUAAGCUUGCCUGAGGUGUGCUACAUACACCCCUGUGGCCCAGGUUCUGUUUGACGUUAGAAAAGAGAACAGGUUAAGACCUACUUUAAAUCAAUUUAUUUUCAAUUUAUUUUCAUUGACUUCAACAAUUUUUUAAACUUUUUUCAUUUUUUACACAAUUUCCAGCAACAUACAUUAUGAAAUAUACAAGAUAAAACAGGUGGUGGGGUUCUGCCUAUCUUGUAAUUCCCCCCACAGCUGUGGAGAGAAGACUGGCAGGACACAGUGAACAUCAGCAUCUCAACACUGGAAAUGGACACAAAACAAAACAAAAAAAAAAAAGAGACAAAAAUAUAUAUGAAACUGUUUGAACUGGUCACACUUCAGGGCCAGGUACAGCACAAUAAAUAUUAGAACUGCAUUAUCUCAGACAUCUUCUGUAAAGUUUAUAACAUCCUCUAAAGAGAUAAGAACAUCUGGUUUCUAGCAUGAAAUACUACAUAGUACAAUGGUGAGGGGUACGAACAAUGAGGAAUCCGGCAAGGGCUUGGAUGGCGGCUACUCAUUCACACAAGCUCAUUGGUAAAACAAGCAGCAGACACCAAAAGUUUAGUCAGCUGUAAACUUAACCAUUCACUACCCAAGUGUCAGCUGGAGGAGCAGGUUCCUUGGGGGAGAACCAAAGAGAGAACCCCUUUCAGUUUCAGCUGGGCAUUCCCUUGACAAAGAGGGAGUUGACACCAUCAUGGAAGUGGUAGCAUUUGGUCCGUAGCACGAGAUUGCUUGGCGUCACUACUGUCCAAAGCCAGCAGCUGGUGGAAAUACCACAAUGCAGAAUUAAUGCUGACGUAGCCACGCCACUGCCACCCACAAUGGCUACUCAUUCAUGACUAACAAAGCAGCAGCUAGGACUCAGCUGGGCACAGGAUGCUGCACAACGAAGCAGUUCUAGAUGGCACCUGGCACGAGCAAGAAGCCAGAGAGGAUGCCAGCACUGAGCUUGCUCACUGCAGCCAUGAUAUGGAAGUUGGGCCCUUGGAGUCUGAGGGAAAGGCUGCUCUAUCCUCAUUCCUCAUACUAGUUUUGCCAAUAAACAAGCUCAAGACAGAGCAGUUUUUGGUGCUGGACAGAGUGCUGCCAGAACAGAGGACCAGUCACUGGUUUCUCUUGCAUUGUAGUCGACAAAGCAAGAGUAAAUACAUUUUGUACUUGUCAACCUUCCCCCUGUUCAUCCCCCGCCCCCAGUUUAGCAUCAUACAUUCUUAUGUGAGAACUGGGGACCUUCUGUGCCACCACCAACAGAGCCACACGAGCACAGGUGGAGGAGGAAGGCCAAGCCUAUGCUUUCCUCUCCUUGUCAGGACCCAGGCCCUGUGCUGGGAGGCAGCUGCUCCUGCUCCAUAACUUGCCCCGUGCUCUGCGGUACACGGCGGCACCCAUACCCUUCACCAACUAAAGCACCUGAGCAUCAUGACAUUUCAUGGGGUUAGUGGGAGACAAGGCAGCAAAAUUCUGCUGGAAGCUGAGCACCUAUGGCUUUGACUUUAGCUGAUGCUGAGUCCCAACAGUCCUAGCUGUAUUCAGUAGGAAAAUAAAAUUCUAUUUCUCCAGUGUACAAAAGUAUAUGGGCUGCAUGUACG